AUGGGCAUUUUUAAACCAAAGGCUUGGUUGUCCGAGGUUACUGACUUGGACAAAACAGAACCACGAUCCUACAAGGAAGCCCUCCUUCAUCCAAGAUGGAAGCAAGCAAUGCUUGAGGAAUAUGAAGCCCUCAUAAAAAAUAAUACAUGGUCUCUCACACCUCUGCCCAAGGAUCGCAAGGUAAUUGACAGCAAAUGGGAGUUCAGACUCAAACAAACUCUAUCAGGUGAGAUUACUCGUUUCAAGGCUUGUUUGGUUGCUCAAGGUUUCAACCAAGACUAUGGCAUCGAUUACUUUGAGACCUUUAGUCCAGUUGUCAAGCCUACUACCAUUCGGCUUGUUCUGUUAAUUACCCUGUCUCAUAACUAG